GGGCGGUGGGUGUCUACUCGACUGCCUGACAAACACCCCGACGCCGACGCCGCUCCGGCGCAAUUUUCCGCGGCUUUUCCGGCCGUGCCGACACGGGCUGUACGCUCAGCGGCGCCGGGGCCGGACGCGAGCCAGCCGGGCGCCGACAGGCAGCGGUGAGGACGCCUCUCUCUGACGGGGUCCUUGCCGCGGCCGCGUUUUUGGGUUUGGCCCUCGCGGCGACCCGUACCUUCCCGCCGCUCCUCUCGCUCUGUGCUCUCCCCCCGGCCCGGGGAAAUGGAGGAACCCCCCGAUGGCUUCGGCUCCCAACGGUCGCUCCCCGGCGCUGGGUCCAGAGCGGCCCGAGGAGGGGAUGCUCUGUGUGCCGGAACGGUGAGAGUUUCUCAGAGGCAAUCCUCCCGUUGCAGCUGCUGCCAGCACUGAAAACCUGUGUGCUUCGUGGUGUCCAUCGCCCAGCUGGCAACGAUUCCCUGGUGUUUGGUGCAUUAAGUCACACCCAGCUGUGUGGGAUGGCAGAGUCAGGUGGGCCCUUUAUUGAACAGAUUUAUCUGCUACAAGGCUACGCAGAAGGAUGGAAAGGAGGAACACAGGGGGGAAAAAAAAAUAGAUGAAAGGCCAUGCAUUGAUCACCUGAUGUACUCCAGAGACAAACAUGGCUAUUACAGGUAACAUGGAGCAGCCCUUCUGGCCUUUUCAGUUGUAUUCAGAGAGAUGUUUGCCUGCUGUGAAUAUCUGGGUGCUUGGAGUUCACUCUGAUUUUAACAAGCCCAUCAAUAAUAAAACAUUGUAUUGAUAGAGCAAGAUCUCGUUCUGUAAAGUUGUUGCUCCACAGAAAAGCAGCAUAAAGAAGCUAGCUGGAUUAUUUGUAUGAUAUGUAGCUUUUUUAGGAUGUUUUGUUCUUUAUAUGGUGUUCAUUUCAAAUACAAGCGUGUGAACUUUGUGUUCCCUUUUAGGGGCUGGUUCUGGGGUAACAAGGAAACACAAGGCCUAAACACCUCUGGCUUGUCUGUCCAAGGAUCUGCCUCAAUUGUGGCUCCCAUCCUUCUGAAGAACUCUUCAGCACAGUAAGGGACUCUGCCCAGUCCUUCCUGACAGUCCACGUCCCUCUCUCCGUGUCCUACGUCUGUGUGACGGCACCGAGGGGCUGGGCUUCCCUGGAGCACCGCACCGAGAUGGAGUUCUCCUUCUUCUACGACACCGUUCUCUGGAGGACAGGGAUCCAGACGGACAGCGUGCUCUCGGCCCGCCUGCAGAUAAUCCCCAUCUACAUCCGCGAGGACGGACGGCUGGUCAGCGAGUUCAGGACGCAGGCCAAGUUCAGAGCGCUGUUUGUCACGGAGCACCACAGCCUGCCAGAUGUCAGGUCCUCUUGGAGAACUCCAGAGCACCUGGGAGGCAUCGAAUUUGACCUGCAGCUGCUGUGGAGUGCUCAGACUUUUGAUUCUCCCUACCAGCUCUGGAGAGCAACCAGCUCCUACAACAGGAAGGAUUACUCUGGAGAAUACACCAUGUUCCUGAUCCCCUGCACGGUGCAGCCCACGCAGCCGUGGGCAGAGCCUGGAGCCAAGCCCCUGCCCUGCACGGCUCACGCUCCCGAGCGGUUUUUGAUCCUGAUCACCUUCCAGCAGACAAGCCGCCCAGUUCCAGUUGUUUACUCCCAGAACGCAAGAGUUUCAGAUCUGUAACGACGAGAAGGUUUUUCUAAUGGACCCCACCAAAUCGGAAAGGUCUCUGGCAGAAAUGGAUUACAAGGGGGCUUUUUCCAAGGGUAGGAUUUACCUCUCCUCUUCUGCUUGUGCCCAGCGUUUCUGCUUUCACAGCUUCCAUUCCCUGGAGAGGAAAGGGCAAAACCCACAGGUAGCUUUGCCUCUUCUACAGCAAUCAUUGACAUCUUACAGGCCUGUGAAAGAGCAGCGUGCUCUGGCACCGCGUUUUGUCACUCCCACCCACCGAGCCCUUCCCAAACAACCCAAACCCUUCUGAACACGGACACU